CGGAGUGAGUGUGUAUUGAGAUGGGAUCCUGCUUUUCCUGCGAAACUGUGCCCCAUUAUCCCAGGAUUACUUAUGAGACCUUAGAUUUUAGAACAGAGUCGACCUUCUGUGCGGUCUAUAACGGCCAUGGCCCUGUGCCUUCUGGUCAAAAGGUUGAAACCAAAACAUUGGGAAUGCAGACUAAUUUUGAUUGCUACUGUAGGGGAACUACUACAGCACUCACCCUACUUAAACAGGAUGAAGAUGUUGUAAUUGCACAAAUUGGGAACUCGGGAGCUGUACUAGGGACGAGAGACGAGAAUAAUAAAUUGAUUCCAGUGUGCUUGACUGUGAUGGGUUACAAGCCUCACCACCUUCCUGCAGCAGCAACGAUCCGAAAAUGCAGAGGUCGUCGUAUAUUUGUUGAGCCUGAGCCACAAAAUCACAAGGACACUCCCUACCUCACACCCACGCCUCUUAUCUCCCACAGACGCAUCGCUGAUGAAGACGAGUUUGUAGUCUUAGCAACUGCCGGGGUUUGGGACGUGCUCUCGAACGAGGACGUGGUAACUAUCGUGGCCACUUGCCCUACACGCUCGGAUGCAGCUCAAGCAGUAGUGGGUGCAGCAAUUAGAGCAUGGAUGAAUAAGUAUCCAACUUCACAGGUUGAUGACUGUGCAGUGGCCUGCCUCUUUCUCAACUCAACAACCAAUUCAACACCACACCCACUAGCCCAACUCACACAACACUAAUACUCCAUGUUUUAGUAAUCGUUUGAUUCAUAAGAUUUCCAACUACUAUAUGUUUUAUUACUGCAUAUUGUGGGAUGGGAUUCAAGCUUCUUCAUAAUUAAUGUUGUUUCUUCGAUAA